CCGUUGUUGAUAUAAGAGAUGAAACAAUGGUCCGAAGACGAACCCCAUGAGACGUUCUCUAUGUAGUUCAGUAGGAGAUGUUUCAGACGAGAUGAGUGUUGUUGUGGGUUACUCGAGGAAGGCAGAUGGGAGGCGAGAGCGAGAGAAUGAGAGAGAAUGGGAUGAAGAUGAAUUGCGGGGAGUUGACCCUAUGGAUAAGUUGGAAUUCAAUGCGGCGCGGGCGGAGAGCGGCAGAUCCACCAAAACUGCGGCAGGCGAUCGACCCUCCCUCUCUCGUCCUUCGAAUCCAUCUCACUCCUCUUCACUUACUCCUCCCAAUCCAACCACAUCGUCAAACUUGUUGCCAUAAUCUAGUCUUCUUCAGCCUGGCGCUGCUCUCCUUCCCCGGUGGAAGCCAAAGAUAGCGCAGUCAGUCAUCAGCCUGACACAAAUUUGCACCAAUCCCGCUCGACCUUUCCGCCAUCUACUCCGCAUCAUUAUCAUCAUCAUCAU